UGUAAUUUAUUACUACAUUUGGCUACUUAUUGUUUUAAGUUAGUUGACGCUGUUUGCACUACUGCCCAAGAAUAUAACUUUAUAAACAAUAAAUUAAAUCUUAUAUUAUAUUAUUUAGAAUCUAGUAAAGAAAAUAAUACAUUACUAUACUUUUGAAAAGUUAGUUUUGAGGUAUGUGUCAGUGAUCCCACUUCGUGAUCCCACUUCAUUCUCCCAGUUGUCGAGGCCAGGAGUCGGGGACGCGCACCCCGCUGCCUCUGUGAUCUCUGCGCUCGUUCACGAGCAUGUAAACACCUGACCACUGCAGGGGGACCGAGACAGCUCACAGAAACCCAAACUCCUCCACAAACGUUCCUGUUGAUUACACAGCUGUGUUUCCUGUGAGUGGGAUGACGGAUGAGAAGAUGUUUGCAUCAGAGGAGGACCAGACCGUGGACUGCGGCCCGCUGCAGGACUUCAGGCGUCUGACUCGGCUGUACUGCAUGAAUGGCGGACACCACCUCCAGAUCCUCCCCGAUGGGACGGUGCAGGGGCAGAGGGACGACAGGGACGUGCAUAUUGUUUUAAAGCUCAAAGCUGUGGACAGAGGUGUAGUGGUCGUCCAAGGAACCGAAGCUGGGCGAUAUUUGGCCAUGAGCGACGAGGGCCGGUUGUACAGUUCACCCAAAGUGACUGAUGAAUGUUAUUUCCUGGAGAAGUUGGAGGAGAACCACUACAACACAUAUGUACCUCAGAAAUAUCAGGACAGGAACUGGUACGUAGCGCUGAAAAAGAACGGAAAACCUAAACUUGGUCCAAGAACUCACAUCGGACAAAAGGCCAUCUUCUUUCUGCCCCGACAGCUGAGUGACUGAGUGUACACACUCAACAGUGAUGCUCCACCUGAAUGGAUGUGAAGCUGCACCAGGAUAGAUUUUUGUUCAAAUAGACCGAUUUCACCAUUUUAGGUCACAAACCAGAACUAUACAUGAAGUAGUGGUGUGAAAAUGGUUAAUGAGGUACAGGCUUGCUUACAGACCAAAAGGAGGCGAAGCUGCAAAGUCUGUUUGAUGUUUAUGCAGAAUUAACCAGCUUGCAUCAGAGCUAAAAGACUACAUGUCAUGCUUUGGUCCACUAACACAACAUCCUGAUUUAGUUGGCAGCAGGUCUUCUAUUCGCACAGAAGAACAUUUUCGGACGUACCCAACGCGUACCUCAUAAGUUAUGCAGCCGUUACCCAUAAGUUACGUUACGUUAGACAUACGUGAAUACUGAAUACCUACGUAAUUACAGUACGCGAGUACGUUAGAUAUAGGCUAUGUCGGCUGACGGUGAAUCCUACAGCCAACUUAUUGAUAACGAGUGGAUAACCUAUUCGUAACCUAUGUUAAACUUUGAAUGUAGUAUAUAGGGUUCCUGUGAGUAGCUCAUCAACCCAUCAUCAUCCCAUCAUCAGAGAGCAUGGAGGAUGCUGAGAGGCUGCGACAAGAGUACAUUCUAGCCGU